UGACUUUUUUCAUUUUCGGACCGAUAAUAUGCCCGGCUCCUCCAUUUGUCUUCGUAGAGACAUAAACGCAAACACGUAGAGGACAAGCAGAAAAGGCCCCGUGUGUUGCGGGACUCUUAUAGACGUGUUGGAUUCAAUGUUAACCGAUCAAGAAAUGGCCGACUCCGGACUGUGGGACGGUGUUGUAGAGUUGACCAAGGCGGCGCAACAGAAGGGUGUUGAUCCUAUGCUGUGGGCUCUGCAGUUGUCGUCGAAUUUGAGCUCGAAUGGAGUGGCUCUGCCUUCUCCGGAGCUGGCGGACGUGCUGGUGUCGUACGUUUGUUGGAACAUCAAUGUCCCGAUUAUCUGGAAGUUCCUUGAGAAGGCCUUGAUGAUCAAGGUUGUGCCUCCAAUGGUCGUCCUCGCUCUGCUCUCAGAUAGGCAUGGCUAUUUUGUACAGAAAUGAAUUCUCCUUGUGUUUCUGGCUUAGACAUUGUGCCAUAGAUUGUGAGGGACCGUUGAGUUUAUAAAAAUAGAGGUUUCCAAUUGGUGAUUCCAAAAAGAUGUUCCCAACCAGCAGCAUAUAGGCUUUACAUGGAACUCUUAAAGAGGCAUGCAUUUAUGCUUAAAUGUCAUGUGAAGGGGUCUAAUUAUGAGCAGGUCAUGAAAUCGAUAGAUGCUGUUCUUCAUCUCUCCCAGGUUUUCAGUCUGGAAUCAAAUGAACCUGGUGUUCUUAUGGUUGAGUUUAUCUUAUCAAUUGUGUGGCAGUUACUAGAUGCAUCAUUAGAUGAUGAAGGGUUGCUAGAAUUUACUCCUGAGAAGAACACUGUGAUGGCAACUAAACGUCUAGAAAUUGGAAUUGAUUGUUAUGAUAAUUAUGAUGACAAGCAUACUGCACAUCGUGAGAAAUUGCGGAGUACGAACACUGUGAUGGCCAUUGAACUAAUCGGGCAAUUUCUGCAAAAUAAAUCGACUUCAAGGAUUCUUUACUUGGCCCGUCAAAACUUGCCCACUCAUUGGGCAGGUUUUGCUCAGAGGUUACAUCUGCUCGGAUCAAAGUCAUCCGCAUUAAGAAAUUCUAAAAUUCUCACUCCUGAAGACUUCUUACGGUUAACUUUAGACACUGGUGUAAUCUUGCCUCGAGAAUGCAAGACAACUUCACUAGAAAAGUUCCAUGCAGUUAUGGCUUUUGGAUCCGUGGCCUCAUCUGCUGGUUUGUGCCAUGGAGCUAGUCGUUCUGAUCUUUGGCUACCUCUUGAUUUGGCACUGGAAGAUGCCAUGGAUGGAUAUCAAGUUAAUGCCACAAGUGCCAUUGAAAUUAUUACUGGACUUAUUAAAACCCUUCAGGCAAUAAAUGGCACUACAUGGCAUGACACCUUCCUGGGGCUUUGGAUUGCAGCUCUUCGACUAGUUCAAAGGGAAAGGGAUCCCAUCGAGGGUCCUAUGCCUCGCCUAGAUGCUCGCUUAUCUACAUUAUUGUCCAUAACAACACUUGUGGUUGCUGAACUUAUUGAGGAAGAGGAAGGUGCUCCAAUUGAUGAAACAGAAUGUGGCUCCACAAAUCAUUGGAAAGAAAAAAGGAAUUCAGGAAAUCGUCGCGCUGAUUUGGUUUCUAGCUUACAGGUAUUGGGGGAUUAUCAGGGCUUGUUGCCUCCCCCUCAAUGUGUUGUCUCUGCAGCCAAUCAAGCUGCAGCAAAAGCCAUGUUGUUUGUUUCAGGCAUCAACAUUGGAAGUGCCUACUUCGAGUGCAUCAGUACAAAUGACAUGCCGGUCAACUGUGCUGGAAACAUGCACCAUCUUGUAAUUGAGUCUUGUAUAGCCAGAAAUCUACUGGACACAUCAGCAUAUUUCUGGCCAGGCUAUGUAAAUGGACGCAUCAGCCAAAUACCUCACACUGUCCCAGGCCCAGCUCAAAUAUCCGGAUGGUCAUCAUUAGUGAAGGGCGCUCCGCUUACUCAAGCAGUGAUAAGUGCUCUGGUAUCAACACCUGCUUCAAGCUUGGCAGAGCUCGAGAAAAUAUUUGAAAUUGCUGUCGAAGGAUCAGAUGAUGAGAAGAUAUCAGCUGCUACCAUUCUUUGUGGGGCAUCUCUUAUUCGGGGGUGGAAUAUUCAGGAACACACAGUUACUUUUAUUACUAGAUUAUUGUCCCCUCCAAGUCCUGCAGAUUAUUCUGGUGGUGACAGUCAUCUGAUAGAUUAUGCCCCCAUCCUGAAUGUGCUUAUUGUCGGAAUAGCAUCUGUAGAUUGUGUUCAGAUUUUCUCGCUGCAUGGAAUGGUUCCACAACUUGCAUGUUCAUUGAUGCCAAUAUGCGAGGUUUUUGGAUCAUGUGUGCCCAAUGUCUCGUGGACUCUUCCUACAGGAGAAGACAUCUCUGCACAUGCAGUGUUUUCAAAUGCAUUUGCACUUCUUUUGAGGCUGUGGAGGUUUAAUCAUCCCCCUUUUGAACAUGGAGUGGGAGAUGUACCCACGGUUGGAUCCCAGUUGACUCCUGAAUAUCUCCUAUCAGUAAGAAACUCCCACCUAGUAUCUUAUGGGAAUGUUCACCAGAAUCAAAACAAAAGGAGACUCUCUGCAGUUGCGAGUUCGUCAUCUCAACGAGCUGUUUUUGUGGAUUCAUUUCCAAAAUUAAAAGUGUGGUAUCGGCAACAUCAAAGAUGUAUAGCUUCAAUACUGUCUGGUCUAGUCCAUGGAACUCCAGUUCACCAGACUGUAGAUGUGCUUCUUAACAUGAUUUUCAGAAAGAUCAAUAGAGGAAGCCAGCCUUUAACUUCUGUAACUUCUGGAAGUAGUAGUUCAUCUGGACCUGGAAUUGAAGAUACUUCUUUAAGGCCUUUAUUACCUGCCUGGGAUGUCUUAGAGGCUGUUCCUUUUGUGGUUGAUGCUGCUUUAACAGCGUGUGCUCAUGGAAGACUGUCUCCUCGUGAACUAGCAACAGUCUCAGGGCUUAAAGAUUUGGCCGAUUUUCUUCCCGUGUCUCUGGCUACCAUAGUGAGCUACUUUUCUGCUGAAGUGAGUCGAUGUGUUUGGAAACCAGUCAUAAUGAAUGGUACAGAUUGGCCCAGCCCUGCUGCAAGCCUGUCCAAUGUUGAGGACAAGAUCAAGAAAAUUUUAGCCACAACAGGUGUUGAUGUCCCAAGCCUUGCUGCAGGAGGGAGCACGCCAGCUACACUUCCACUGCCCCUUGCUGCCUUUGUAAGCCUCACCAUAACCUAUAAAAUUGACAAAGCAUCAGAACGCUUUCUCAAUUUGGCUGGCCCAGCUUUAGAGUGCCUUGCAGCAGGUUGCCCUUGGCCUUGUAUGCCAAUUGUGGCUUCCCUAUGGACUCAAAAGGCGAAGCGAUGGUGUGAUUUUCUUGUCUUUUCUGCAUCUCGUACUGUAUUCCUCCACAACAGUGAUGCAGUAGUUCAGCUUCUCAAAAGCUGCUUCACUGCCACACUUGGUCUGAACAAUACCCCUCUUUCAAGUAAUGGUGGUGUUGGGGCUCUUCUUGGCCAUGGAUUUGGUUCUCAUGUCUGUGGUGGGAUCUCCCCUGUUGCUCCAGGCAUUCUCUAUCUACGUGCUUAUCGAUCUUUGAGAGAUAUUGUCUUUGUUACAGAAGAGAUUGUUUCUCUUUUGAUCCAUUCUGUCAGAGCAAUAUCAUGCAGUGGGCUUCCCAGGGAUAGAUGGGAGAAGUUAAAGACAGCCAAGAAUGAUAUGAGAUAUGGACAGGUAUCGCUUGCUGCAGCUAUGAAUAGAGUAAAACUUGCAGCUUCUCUUGGUGCUUCUUUAGUGUGGUUAUCUGGCGGCUUAGGUUUAGUUAUGUCAUUAUUCAAAGAAACUUUGCCUUCUUGGUUUAUAGCUGUUCACGGAUCCGGGCAGGAAGAAGGAUCAGGAGAAAUGGUAGCAAUGCUCGGGGGCUUUGCCCUUGCGUAUUUUGCAGUGCUUUGUGGAGCAUUUGCUUGGGGCGUUGACUCGUCGUCGUCAGCAUCAAAGAGGCGUCCAAGAAUCCUAGGAAUGCAUAUGGAAUUUCUAGCCAGUGCACUUGAUGGCAAAAUAUCACUGGGUUGUGAUGGGGCAACUUGGCGUUCCUACGUAUCGGGUUUUGUGAGCCUGAUGGUGGGUUGCGCUCCCAUGUGGGUGCUAGAGGUGGAUGUAGAUGUGUUGAAGAGAAUAAGCACAGGGCUGAGACAUUGGAACGAGGAGGAGCUUGCCCUGGCUUUGUUGGGAGUUGGUGGAGUUGGUUCAAUGGGUGCAGCUGCUGAGCUGAUAAUUGAAUCGGAAUUGUGAUUUCUUUCUUCUACAUUCCUUCAAAUUUCGUGUACAAGUUUCGUAGGAUUGCAACUGUACUUCAUAGCACAUCGGCACGCACCUGAAGGUAGACAUGGGAUCCCAAAGUCCCUUUUCUCGGAGCUUGUCUUGAGUUAUGUCCUGAUUGAAUGUUCUAAGUUUUAACCCUUGUCUAAGGGAAAUUUUGUAUAGGAAGCUCAACCAUAGUCUAAUCUAAUGUGUCUUGUAUUAUAUUAUUUUCCAGAAAGUUGCCUGUAAAGUUUUGGUAGCUUCUACUUUCCAAUAAACUCCUGGGAAAAGGUGUUAAAUGUAACAUGAGGAAGUUGGAACAAACUUGUGGGGUUGACGGUUUCUGCAGUAGAAGUCAAUGCAGUAUGCGGAGCCCCACUGUUGCCAUUUAUAAGAUAUAGAGACCCUUUCUGAACUCA